AUGGCGCUGCGGCAGUUGACCUUGGACGAGCUCAACCGAGCCGCCCUCGACCAAUUUGUAUACCAGCCCGUGAGCCGUGAAAUGAUCUCGUUCCUCGCCGACGCCGCUCACAAUGUCAUCACAUGCGAUUCCACCAUGAUGCCGUCGGCCUCUUCCAAGCAUCCUCAACAGCAACAACAUCUUCCUCCCUCUCCCCCGAGGAGUCCCGAAUCGCAACCUGCUCAACCCGCGGACAACACCUUGCCCACCCUCGAAGAGUUCAUCACCCAGCUUGUCGUCUCAUCCAAUGUUCAGGUCCCGACUCUCAUGUCAACCUUGGUUUACCUGACCCGCCUAAAGUCAAAGCUUCAACCCAUGGCCCGUGGCCUGCGAUGCACGACGCACCGCAUCUUCCUCGCCUCGCUCAUCCUAGCUGCCAAGUAUCUCAACGACAGCUCGCCAAAGAACAAGCACUGGGCCAACUACACACACAUCAACACUGACAUGUACAGCUUUGGUUUCAACCGCACCGAGGUCAACUUGAUGGAAAAGCAACUGCUCUUCCUCCUGGAGUGGGAGCUGAGAAUUUCGGAGCAAGACUUGUACCGGGAGCUGGAUUCUUUCCUCGAGCCUCUUCGUGCCCGCAUUGCCGAGAGACACAUCAGGAAGAUGCGCCACCGCGAGGAGAAGAGACGACAGCAGGAGGCCAAUGCUCGCUAUCCCACUCCUCCUGCCUCUCGAGGCCAGUCACGAUGCCGACAUGCCAGCCCCGAGACUGUCCGCUCUGCCAGCGGCGGUUCCAUUACCCCCCCAGGCCUCACUUACAGCAGCUCGGCCAGCUCAUAUGCCUCAUCCAUUACCUCGAGCAGGCAGCAAUCCCGGUCUGCGACUCCACUCGAGUCGAACCCUUCUCCCUACAUGUAUGAGGUUUCGCAGCCGCAGGGCAGCCUCUAUGACUCUCCCAUCCACGUCGUGUUGGAGGCGGACCCUGCCAAGUCGGUACCUGAUCUGGCUGCUUCUGGAAACCGCAUGCUUCCGUACGAAAUCUCUGUUGAGCAAUACCAGCAACUCCAGGAUGGCUCUGCCAAGAAGCGACACAAGCGAGGAAUGUGGGGACGACUACUCGGCGGUGCUGUUGCCGUACGAUAA